GGCAGCCCGGGCGCCUCAUGGCUGCGCCGCCGCCGCUGUCGGCCCCGCCUCUCCCCGCUGCCUCCGCUGGGCCGCCGGCCGGCCGGCGCUUUCCCCCAGGCGGAGCCGCCGUCCCGCCGCCAUGAAGUGUUACUACGAGGUGCUGGGGGUGAAGCGCGACGCCGCCGAGGAGGAGCUGAAGCGGGCCUACCGCCGGCUGGCGCUGCGCUGGCACCCGGAUAAAAACCUCGAGAACGCGGAGGAAGCAGCAGAGCAGUUCAAGUUAAUCCAGGCGGCGUACGAUGUGCUCAGCGACCCCCAGGAGCGAGCCUGGUAUGAUAAUCAUAGAGAGGCUCUGCAGAGAGGAGGGGUUGAUGGAGACUAUCAAGAUGAUAGUUUAGAUCUGCUGCGCUACUUCACUGUUAGCUGUUACUCUGGAUACGGAGAUGAUGAAAAGGGAUUCUUUACAGUCUAUCGACAAGUUUUUGAAAAGAUUGCAAAAGAAGAAAUGGAAUAUAUGACCCAGGAAGGUACUGAAGAAUUCCCUAUGUUUGGGUAUUCCCAAAGUGACUAUGAUACGGUAGUCCACCCUUUCUAUGCGUAUUGGCAGAGUUUCUGUACUCAGAAAAACUUUGCGUGGAAAGAAGAAUAUGACACAAGACAAGCGUCAAACCGCUGGGAGAAAAGAGCUAUGGAAAAAGAGAACAAGAAAACGAGAGAUAAAGCAAGGAAAGAGAGGAAUGAACUGGUCCGUCAGCUAGUAGCCUUUAUUCGUAAAAGGGAUAAAAGAGUACAGGCUCAUAGAAAGCUUGUAGAAGAACAAAAUGCGGAAAAAACUAGGAAAGCAGAGGAAUUUCGGAAGCAGCAGAAGCUCAAACAAGCCAAGCUUGCUGAGCAGUAUAAAGAGCAGAGCUGGAUAACUAUGUCAGAUCUGGAGAGAGAGUUGCAAGAGAUGGAGGCACAAUAUGAAAAGGAAUUUGGAGAUGGAUCAGAUGAUGAAGACGAGUUAGAGGAACAGGAGACAAAAGGCAUCGAAGACAAACUGAAUGAUGAGACUGAAGAAGCUGAAUUUGUUGAUGGUCUGUACUGCCCUGCUUGUGACAAAUUGUUAAAAACUGAGAAAGCCAUGAAAAAUCACGAAAAAUCAAAGAAGCAUCGAGAGAUGGUGGCACUCCUACGACAGCAACUGGAACAAGAAGAAGGGAAGUUUCCUGUGUCUUUGGGUGAUGUAAAUGGAAUACAUACCAAAGAGGAGGAAGAAACAGAAGACAUGCCCAAACAGAAACUCUCGAAGAAGCAGAGGAAGAAACAGAAAACAAUGAUGACUUAUGAGGACUCUUUUGAUAAAAGUGCUGAUGAAGAAACAGUUGAGCAAAAGGAGGUGCCCUGCGUGGACAAGGAUGCUGGAUCGGCAGAGGAGUUGGUAAAUGAUGGCCCGAGAUGUACCGCGUCAGAGGACACAAGCGCUACAGAAGAUGUCAGCCAAGUGAACGAAGCGAAAACUGAAGCGAAAAGCAGUACGAAGCCUAAAGGGAAAAAAGCCAAGGACGCAAAAAAGCCUGCUAAGGCAUCUUCAGAGCAACCAACAACGAAUGAAGUUCCCAUCCACUGUGUAACCUGCAACUCUGCAUUUCCAUCCCGAAAUAAACUGUUUGAGCACCUAAAAGCCACAGGACAUGCAAAAGCAACACAAGCGCCAGCUGUAAAUGGAGCUGUGAACACCAGAAACAAAAAAGAGAAACGUAAAAACAGGUAGAACUUUGCUACAGUGACAGUCUUGAGAACCAUACAUGAAAACUCUGCUGAAACUGAAAGGUGCACACUACCUGUGUUUGGGGAUAAAUGGGAGAAUUUUGGGGAAAAAAAAAAAAGAAGAUGCAACAAAAGGAGUAAUACCUUGUGAAGGAAUCUGUGCUUUCUUUUGGCUUUAUGAGCAUUUAAUGACUGGCUUAGACCUACUAUCUCAGCAGCUUUCACAGUGGUGAUGGGGAAAUAGUAAUUCAAAGCUACUCCACCUUGUAGUCCUGUAGGAACUUGCACAGCGAAAAUAAGUUAUUUUAACGCUUGCAUUGCUGCUUUUCUGAGAGGGCUUAGCAUAGGCUGAGUGUAGCCAUUAGAGGGGCCUGUGCUGCUUUGAUCAUCUAUCAAAGAUGAAACAUCACCGAGACAUGGAAAAGCACUGGCUUUUCUUCUGCCAUUUCCAAGGGUCUUUUUUUCUUUUGAUUUCUCAUGAAAAACAACAUAGGAAUUUGUAUUGUACCUCUGUUUAAAUGCAUAAUCUACCUGAUCUUGAACAGCACUUUAAAACAAAAAGUUGGAUAACACUUGAUUUUGCAGUGGAAGUGGAUUUUACACAGGACUUGUCAAUGCACUUGGAGAAGGCCGUGCCCAGUCAAGGCUGUGCUAUGUUGUUUAGGAAACCCCUAGAGUAUAAAUUUCCAGAAGCACUCACUGAUUUUGCGUUAACCAAGUUUCUCUAAAGUUUCAGCUCGUCUCAAAUGCUAAAAUUUGAAUGACAGUGAAAUGAUAAAUGUACAAUUCUUGCUGACCAUCCACAACACCAUUUUUUUGGUUGGAGGUAAUUAACUAAAACAUUAAAAAAAGUGAUUAUGUAAGAAAGAAACACGGCAUCUUACUUCACCAGCCAGAGUUCGCAUCUUUGCUAAAUGACUAAUGGGUGUGCUGCGCAAUCCCAAAAACAGCAGGAGGAAAAGAAAAGCAUGUUUUGGAGAUGAUGACGACUGGAUUAGAGCCCCCUGAUAAAAAUAAUUACUGUAAUUAGAAACUUUUCAACUUCUGUGUGCAGAUUUAUUUUUUUUUCAUGCUGUAAUUACAGUGUAUCGUUGUAGUAAGGGUAAACAGUUUUACCUCUGAAACCUCCAGUGAUGUUCUGCUCAGGCAGAGAUCGACUAUGCUUAUGUAAGUGAAAUCUCACAGACUUAACCCUGCAGUGCUAGUUGUGACUGAAGUGGUUUGUUUUUUUUUUCUUAUUUAAAUAAAACCAAAUACUUUAUAAUUUGUGUGUUUUACAAAUGCAUGUAUGCGUUGGAUAUAAACGGCAAGGUUCUGGUAGCAGGGGUGGGUGCAGGAGCAGUGGUGACCGCUGCGCAAGGCAGCCAGGGACUCGGCCAUUGGGG